AAGACAAAAAGAAAAAUGUUAGUUGGUUCAUACUUCAUAGCUCGUAACGACUUUCCAAUCGAAGGAAGUUUCAGCAAUGGCGGAUGCGUACUUCUCUCUCUUCACCCUCAUCGUUCUCAUCCCCUUAGCCCUCAUCGCCUUCCUCUACUUCCUCGUGCGCCCUCGCCCCGUCAAGAUCCCGAUCAAGAAUCGCCACGUCUUCAUCACCGGUGGAUCCAGCGGCAUCGGCCUCGCCCUCGCUCACCACGCCGCCGCCCAGGGCGCCCGCGUCUCCAUCCUCGCCCGCUCCCGCAACAAGCUCGAGGAAGCGCGCAAUGCCGUCCGCCUGGAGAAGCAGGAAUUGAGUGAGGUCAAGUUCACGCUGGACGUUAACCUCAUGGGAAGCUUCAACCUCAUCAAGGCGGCGUUGCCGGCCAUGAGGACCAGGAAGGACCCGCAGCAACCGGUUUCCAUCGCUCUUGUCUCUUCGCAGGCCGGUCAGGUGGGAAUUUAUGGUUAUGCAGCUUAUUCUGCCAGUAAAUUUGGCCUCCGUGGUUUAGCAGAAGCAUUGCAACAAGAAGUUAUAGCAGAUAACAUUCAUGUCUCUCUGAUCUUCCCUCCGGACACGGAUACUCCCGGAUUCGCUGAAGAAAACAAGAGAAAACCAGAGCUCACCAAAAUCAUUGCAUCCUCUUCUGGUGCAAUGAAACCUGAGGAGGUUGCUCAGAAAACUUUUGAUGGCAUAAAAUCUGGGAGCUUCAUCAUUCCUUGCAAUUUGGAGGGAAUUGCACUGUCAUUAGCAACUGCAGGUUUAUCCCCUCAAAGGUCAUUCUUAAUGGCCACAGUUGAGGUUCUUGCGGCUGGAAUACUGCGUAUCGCAGGACUAUGUUUCCAGUGGACUUGGUACACAAGUAUAGAGAAGUGGCACAACCAAAGAAAAGGUUCACCUCAAAGGAGCUGAAACACUUUGAGCUCGGUCCUUGUUUUAGGAGACUUGUAGCGGAUAUUGCAACGUAGUUUUCUUCAAAUCUGCUCUACAUUGAUAUAUGGGGAAUUUUGAUUGAUUGUCAACUAUGUGAUCUCGAUCAAAGACAUACAUUCCAAAUUUGUAGUUUCUGACAUAGAAUCCUUAAUAUAUUUGAUAGAGAAAGUGAAAAACGAAAAUAAAGUUACAUCUAGUUUUUCAGGUCUGUCUGUCAGUUUUGUUUCAUUAAGCAAAUGAAAUGUUUAGCAAUUCUGAAUCAUUCAUUUUCCACGGUCCUACUUUCAACUUUACCAACUUCACCUUUUCUUUUUUAGUAAGAGGUGUACGCAGUACGCUUCCAUGUUCUUUGAACGGUAUGAGAUGUUUUGAUGUCAUUGUUGGGAUUUUAGUAGUUGUGUGAAUUGUUUACUCU